AUGUCAGGGGGGUUAUUGGGCCUGGAGAGCAGCGAGUUGGGAGAGCCCCAUUCAUCCCACACGAUAUCCAAUCUACCUCGAGUAGGCUCCGAUACUGAGCCAUCACUGGCCUCAUGGAUUAGACAGGUUCCUGCCUUCCUGCGCCCGUGCGCUGAGGCAGAUUUGCAAUUCGGAGAAUUACCAGCGGGCCUAAGAGUGCUCCGCGAAGUGGUCGAAGGCGCUUUCCUCGUUGUUGAGUGUCAGAUCUGCCCGCUUCGCUCAAUGACAGCUGCCCAAAAUGCCUUACUCGUCUGCACACUGCUCAUCUAUAUCGCCCAAGCUUACAAACAGCUUGUAACUUCUAUACAAGAUGAGGAAGAGCGCUGCACUAGAGGAAAUAUCAUGAAAAAGAUGCAGUUGGGGGAAUUCGCAUCAGACCUAGACCUGUGCCCUGAUACUUUGGGUUUCGAAACCACGCCAGGAGAGUGGAAGAGUAUCGCUAUGAAGGCUCUAAAAGCACAGAUCCUGGGCGUUUCAAAUCAAAAGUCCGGAUGUUUUACGCAGUUGCUCAACAAGCUCAAAGAACGCCAGCAGAUGUGGCACAAUGGGCGCUGUUUUGCUUACCGAGAGCCGGAUCAUGAGAAGGUCGGCCGGCCACCUUGUCUCACACUGAUCGGUCAAGCAGAAGACACGAUGGCAGGAUUGAAGCUGGAAUUGUGA